AAAUUAACUCCCACAAAAAAAAAAAAAACAAUAAACAAAAAAACCCCACAAGGCCACAAGUCUUCCGUUUCCUUCAUUCAUUCUUUACCAAACUACAACAACAUUAACACACAAAAAAGUUCAGACUUUCCCCAGGAAAUAUUUUUCCGAAGUUUCCACCUUUAUUUGGUCUAUUGAAAGAUCAGGUCUUUGUGAUUGGGUUUUGAUUGUAGAAAACGCUUGAAUUGAUGAAGUUCAAAAAGGGUGCUAAAGUGGAGGUAUUGACCCAAAAGGAUGUACCAUCAGGAUCUUGGCAUUGCGCCAAGAUUAUUGGUGGUGAUGGCCGCUUUUAUUCUGUUAAGUAUGACGGAGAUGUGGAGCUUUGGGGGAAAGUAGUUUUUGAUAAAGUGCCCCGAAAAUCAAUUAGGCCUAGCCCUCCUCCUGUGGAUGUGUUGCAUGAGUGGGUAUCUGGGGAUGUGAUUGAGGUUUUCCAUAACUUUUCAUGGAAGAUGGCUACAGUUUUGGAGGUGUUGGGAUGCAAUUACCUUUCGGUUAGGCUACUUGGAUCUGCAAUUGAGCGUAGGGUGAGCAAGUUUGAUGUUCGGCCUAGGCUUUGCUGGCAGGAUGGCGAAUGGAUUGUGAUCGGAAAGGCUUCCAAUCAAGGUGAUGAUCUGAGGUUCAGGAUUCCAUCAUCUCAUAAGGAUUAUAAUCAAUUACAUAAAGUUGAUGCUAAUGUGAGCAAUCGUACGAAGGAUUACUAUGUUGGGAAUAGGAGCAUCAACAAUGCUCAGGAACAUGAGCUUCUUCCCAUAAGAAAGAGAAGAAAGCAAUCUUAUUGCUAUCGACAGAGUGAAGCAUAUACAAGGCCCAAGAAGAAAACUAAGUUGGAAAAACAAUUUCAUGUUAUGCAGCAAUCCGAAUUACCUGUAAAGGUAGAUGAUGAUGUUGCUUCUUCAAAAGGAAAGCAGCAUGAGAAAUGCUUGCAACCUUCUUUUGUCAAAAAAGUAAAUGGGUGUUCUGAGUUGAUUAUGGAGAGGGAUAAAACAGAUGGUACUGUUCGGUAUUCACGUUUAAUAUGCUUAGAAUCUGAUGACGAUAACAGUGUCUCAUCUUCUGUUGCUAGUUGUAGUGUCGAUAGGAAUUACUCCCAUAAAUUGCGUCGUGUUUUUACCACAGGUCCAUUUGAAGGUAAUGACAGUCAACUAAGUGAUGCUGAAUCUUAUUGUAACUUGAGACCCAAGGAAGGAAAUUUUUUACUUCCCGCAAAAGAGGAGUUCACAGAAGAAGUACAUAGGUUAGAAUUGCAUGCCUAUCGAUGUACGAUAGCAGCAUUGCAUGCAUCAGGUCCAUUAACUUGGGAACAUGAACUGUUAUUGACAAACCUUCGCCAAUCACUGCAUAUUUCAAAUGAUGAGCAUUUGAAGGAGAUAAGGAACUUGGUUUCAGCUACUACCUGCCUUCCUUCUAGGGCCAUAGUAUGGAAUUUGUCCACCUUGGUUCCAAAUACAAAAGAUGAUACUGGACCUGCCACCCUUUGUUUUGGUGUGAUUGUGGCAGUACCUGCAUCAAAUUUCUUGCCUAGAAGCUGUGAUGCUAUUGAUAUCUCUGUUAUGCACGGCUGGCUGCUUCAUUCUUUCAUUUGGGGCAUGUUGGAGCCUUGAAUGCUUAUCUUCUGAAGGAUGUAAAGCCACAAUGCCUGCAACAAGGUAUCUAAAUGUAUCCAUGCCUAAAAAGGUUCCUUUUCCAAUCUUUACACUGGAUGAGACUUUUCGUUUUAUCUUAAUUUUGUUAACUGUGCAAAAUUUGCUGAGUAGUAUCUAGGUACCUGUAUGUAUUCCUAAGAUUGAUCUAUGCUGUUGCUAGAUCUUAAAGUAACACUUAUCAAUUGAAACUGAAAAUGGAUGAUAAUGCAUGUAACUAAUGAAGAUUACAAAUUUGUGAUCGGAAGAUUUAUUGAGACAUGAAUUUUACUUAGAUUCUCAAGGAACUUGAAAACCCUUGUAUAGAAUAAUGAAAAUUUUUCAAUAUACUAUUAUAGCAAUAAUUGGAAAGUUAUGUUUUUCUUGCAAGAAAAGGAGCUAAUUUUCAAGCUAGCUAUAGUUGGAAAUGCAUCUGCCUAUUCUGGUAAUUGACAAUGUGAAUGGAACUUAAAGCUAGAAAGAAACUAUUUAGUUUAAUUAAAUGAACAAUUUACUUAUUAAUGCUGCAUUCCUAUGUAGAAGAUGUUGAAAUUGGUUGAAUAAAAAGAUACAAACAACAAUACUAGAGCCUUAAUCCCAAAAGAUUGGGGUCACCUACGUGAACCAAUAUUAAAAAAGAUACUAAGAUACAUGUUUUCAUUUUGCAGUUUAGUAAUCUCUACAUAGAUUCUCGCUUAGUCUAUUAUUCACUGUCGUUACUCUGUUCAUAGACUUAUUUGUUCUUAUCAUGUUUUCACUUGUUAUUCUUGCGAUUUCUUUAGUCGCUGGAUUUCAUCAUGGUAUCCAUCACAGAUGGUUUUUAAGACAAUCGUUGAUGGAUUAAUAUCAUGACAGAUGGCUUAGCUUUACCAGGUUGUUAAGUCUGAUUAUGCACGGCUGGCUGCUGCAUUCUUGAAUGCUUAUCUUCAGAAGGAUGUAAAGCCAGAAUGUCUGCAACAAGGUAUCUAAAAUUUAUGUGGUUAUUUCCCAGAUAGCUUUCUAUAAAAGUUUAGCUUUACUAUCAAGUGAGAUCCAUGUGUUGGAAGAUAGGAGCAUUCAGAUCUUGAGUUUUCUUAACUAGGUUUCUGACAUCUAGAAUAUUGACUUUGCUUAUCAAAAUUCUCUCUACGUUCUUUAGUCUGUGAUUAUUCGGAUCACCUGUAAUAUAGUUUUGAGAAGUGCCUGAUUAUAAUGGCUCCGUGUUCUCUGUUAUUAGUCAAGAACACAGAAAUUCAUUUCACUUUUCUUUCUUUUUUCUUCUCGCUGAUGUGAUCACAUACAUGAUACUUUCAUUUCAUAGUUCUCAUUUUAUGGCAUUUUCUUACUGUUUGUUGAACAUUUUUACUUUUUUUCCGGAAUACUGAUGAGAUGUUGGCAACUUUUUUCCCUUUGUCUCUCAUUUCGGCCUAAAAUUUUCGGUAAUGAUCGUUUAAGAGUCAUUCACAUUCCUUUGAUCCUAUUUUACAUUGUUUUAUUUGGAAAGGUUGACAAUUGCGUCUGGAGGAUGGCAAAAGAGCAGCUCAUAUAAGUUGCUCUCUACUUUGUCUUGUUUGGUCUCUGCUAACUUGUGUGAAAUAUCCAACAUUGUAUUGGUGAAUCUCUUAUAUAUUUAUCGAAAUCUAGAAGACUACGAGUUAGUUGAUUUUAGACUCUAAAGUAAGAAUGAAGACACAUCUUCUACUCUGAACUGUGAACUAUAUAUGCUCUAGGUUGUGUGUUGUUGUCUAUUUCUGCAAAAUUUACUUGUUUGGUGACACACUGGAUAAUGUGUCAUUAGUAAAUGCUAAUUUCAGAUUGGGUAUUGAAUUACAAGUGCUACAAAACAAGUAAUAAUGAUCAAUAUAUGAGUGGUGUGUAUAAUGUCUCAUUCCAGUUUGUUGCUGGUUCUGGAUAGAAUAUUUCAUGUCUGAAAUCAGAUCAUUCAUUAUAUGUUGAUUUACCAGAUAAAAUUCCUCUGUGGGUUUAUUUCUUAUUUUUUGAAGGAACCCUGUGAUAGCCAAGAAGGUAUCUUGUCUGCUUAUUAGUACUUUACUGUCUUGGAAGGAGAAAUGCCCCUGCUGGGAGCAUUAACAACAAGAAGUCGAGCAGCACCCUACUUUGUGUCAGUUGAGGGCGUCAUUGGUUGAGGCAGGGAGUACGCUUGCUGGUUAUACUUAUUAAUUUACAAAUGAGUACGCUUGCCGCAACAGCAGAAGGCCUCGCAUCAGCAGCCCUCUGACCUUUUUCAACCCAUUCAGAUUCCAGCGCACGUAUGGGAAGAAGUCACUAUGGAUUUCAUGGAGGCUUUACACAAAUCUAGGGAAUAUGAUGCCGUUUUGGUGGUGGUGGAUCGUUUAACCAAAUAUGCUCACUUCAUCGGCCUCCAACAUCCCUUCACUGCCAAGUCUGUAGCAGCGGUGUUAGUCAGAGAUUAUUUGACUUCAUGGUUUUUAUUAUCUCCAAUAGAUAUAAGGUUUUUUGAGUAAAUAUUGGAAGAAGCUGUUUUGCUUCAUGACACAUCCCUAUUGCAUAGCACAACUUAUCAUCCUCAAACAAAUGGGCAAACAGAGACAGUUAAUACAUCUAGCUAUGGAGAUAUAUUUACGUUACUUUAUUAAUGGGUAGCCUAAACAAUGGGCUAAAUGGCUUCACCGAGCAGAAUAUUGGUACAAUACUUCUCCCCACACUUCCAUCAUCAUAGCUCUUUAUGGUAGAUCCCCUCCCGUGGUUUCGGGGUUUGGAAAUAAUGUCACUCCAGUAGAUAGUUUGGAACUGUAAUUAAGGGAAAGAGAUGCGAUUCGUAAUGAACUAUGCUUUCAGUUCUUGAAAUCCCAGCAACAUAUGAAAAAUGGGCUGAUUUGACACUUCGUGAAGAGUCCUUUGAAGUCGGAGAAUAAGUAUUUCUGAAGCUCCAAACUUACAGGCUAAUAUCUUUUGGAAAAAGACCCGUUGACAAGUUGGCAACUCGUUCUUAUGGUCCUUACGAAGUGAUUGCUACGAUCGGAGCAGUGGCCUACCGUUUGCAACUGCCAGCUACGAGUAACAUUCAUCCUGUAUUUUCAUAUAUCACAAUUGAAAGGAGCACAUGGGGCUGCCUUCAAUCCAACUGAGAUACCAUCACAAAUAUCCCCUACUCUCGAGUUGCAUAGGGAAGGGUUACCUAAUUUGGAGGCCUCAUGGGAACAAUUUCAGAAAAUUGCUCUUCACUUUCCACAUUUCCACCUUGAGGACAAGGUGAGUCUCAUUUGGGCAGGUAUUGUCAUGGAAGGAGAAAAACCCACACUGAAAUAUGUGUAUUCUAAAAGGAUAAAGAAGGACAAAAGAGGGAAUCCCAACCAAAUUCGGUUAUGCACUUUGUUUGAAUUGAUGGAUUAUGCAUUCUGUUAUAAGUGUCAGAUAAUAGAAUAUAUAAUCAGUUGAAGUUAUUACAAAAGAGUAUUCUAGAGUCAUAAUAUUUUUCUUGUUCAACUUAUAUAUAGAAAUCAUCUAUCAGAUUGUGUUACUCCAAUAUCUAAACACACGCUUUGACAGUUCGUGUGGUUUCUCAUGGAUACACUUGUUUUCAAGAUGGUAAGCUCAUCCAAGAGCCAAUAAAAGGCCUUUGCAUUGUAUGGAAUAUAUGUAAGGGGUUGUUUGGUAUGAGGUUUUUGGGUUCCCAUCCCAUAUGGGAUUCUUAACUCAUUUCAACUACUUGGUGUUUGUUAUGAAUUUGAUACAGCUCAGUUCUCUAUAUUCUUCUUACUCCUAUACAUGAUAUCUUGUAUAAGAGGGGGUGCUUGGAUCCAACAAUGAUAAGAAAUAACAUAAAAGAUGAAUGAAAAACAACAUACGAAUAAAAGAGACAACAACACACAAGUUUAUAAGGUAUUUUGGAUACCUCAUCUUCAACAAAUGUUUACUUUCUUUAACGAAUUCAACAAUACAUCAAUGACUAAACUCUCAUACUGGAGAAUAACCUCGCAUGUCAUACUUCUCACAAUAUUAAUACAUAGAAGAAAAGCUCUGUUGGUAUUUACCAUAGCCCUCCUACAAUGUGUAGCCUUCUCA